AGGGGACCAUACAAGAGAACAACGCAGCUCAUAAUACAACUCAAUAUUAGCCGUCUUCUUCGUUCGAUAAUUUGCAAUAAACAAGCUCAAAUAAAGCAAGAAAGAAACUAAACAACAGAGAGAGUAAGAAAGAACCCUCUACAAGAAGCAAAACGAACAAAAGGCUUGUGUGAUUUCUCCUUAAUUCAAUUAUUCCAAGCAAAAUGAGAGCUUCUUGUGGUAUAGCUCUCUAUGUUCUCAUCGUAUCUCUUUUCAUUUCAAAUAUGGUUGAUGCUAACGAUGGGACAGAGUUGGUGGGAUUGUUGAUGCCACUGAGAUCUGCAGGAGGAAUAUGCAUAGGUGAGUGCAUGGAUGAGGAAUUAGAGUUGGAGCUUGACAAUAGGCGUAUAUUGGCCACGAGUCGGCGAUACAUCAGCUAUGGAGCAUUGCAGAGGAACAAUGUCCCUUGCUCUCGUCGUGGAGCUUCCUACUACAAUUGCCGUCCUGGUGCUCAGGCCAAUCCCUACUCCCGUGGCUGUAGUGCUAUUACUCGUUGCAGGCGUUAGGUUCAGAGGCUGAGUUAUGUGUGUUCAACUCAACUCAUACUCACAUUAUAUAUACAUAAACAAAUUUUUUUAUAUAUAUAAAAUACUAAGAUUACACUCUUUCUGAGCCAACGGGUAAAUUUAGAAUUUGCCUUCAGUAUAUUGGAUUUCUUUUUGUCUUUUAUACAGUAUAUAGAUACUUUUGGAGAUGGUGUUGCUUGGUACAUAAUGAAGAGAGGAAAGAGAGGAGCGAUUGGUGAUGGCCGGAGGGUGUAUCAAUUCUUGUCAUUAACUAUCUUUCUUCUUUUUUUCAUUUCUCUUUUAUCGAUUGAUGUUUAUACAUACGAUUAAAAGUAAUUUUUCUUGUCAAUAAUUCAAUUUAA